UCGGGUCCUAAAAUCUGGUCUGUGCCUUUAAUGUGCCAGAAGGAGCUCGUGGAUGGGUUUGUCCAAUUAGUGUGUAGGUGGGGCGCAGGAGGAAACCGAGCGGAGACCUACAGAGCGCACACGCUGACCCUUAUCCCGGAGUUUCCGGACACGGAGAACAGUGCGUGGAGCUACCGCUCUGUCUGCAGUCAGCUGCAGCAAGUAGAUUAUAGACCGCUGGAAGAGUCCGAUGGUGCUGCAGGAAAGUUUCCCCAUGAUUCAAGUGUCGAUACCAUCGAUGGAGAAGGAGGUGGAUGAGUCGGGAAAGACUAAAAAGCUCUUCAGGAUUGAAGUCUUGUUCAACGAGAGGAAACAUUUUGUGCUGAGAAGAAACAGUGAAUUUCAAAAUCUCCACAGAAAACUCAGGAAAAUCGUCCAGACUCCAGAUUUCCCGAGCAAAAGGAACCAACAUCUGAGGACCAAACCUCUGGAGCAGAGGAGGCAAGAGCUGGAAGAUUAUGUCCAGGAUGUCAUCUACCAGAAUGAAGAUGUGCCGCAGGUGCUGCUGGACUUCCUCCACGUUAGACAUUUCCACACGGGGAACAAGAGCAGCAUGGAAUCGCUUGAUGAACUUGACAGCCAAGAUGACAGUUAUCAGUUUACCAAUCAGCGAGUGCUGGGAUUCUUUCAGGAUCCUUAUCUCACCGACAGCACUUCAGGUCUUCCAGAUGUGGUUGUAGACGGGGUUCUUCAGGGUUUUUACCCCCGGGACGUCCGGGUCAGCUUCAAUGCCCCCACAAUCGCUGAACCUGAGCCCACCCUCCCCACAUCUGACCCCACCCAGAAGCCUAAUGUUUUAACUUAAAGUGCGCUAUAGCUAAAAACACAUGAGUUGCAAAAAUAGUUUUUUUAAGAAAGCCAUCAGCACAACAAGACAAACCAAAAGGAGAGUUUCUAUAUGGCUGACCCAAUGGGACUGAAACCCGUCACCCAGGCUUUGUCGCUGCAGUGCUCCACCCAUUGUUACUACAGCACAGACAUGGCGCAUGGUUUAUUUCUCUUUUAGUGUCUUCUGAAAUCCAACUCGCAUUGUGGCAGAUUUGAGAAGUAGGUCAGAUGACUGGUGGGAAAAAUAACAAAGCAUAAAUGGUGGAAGUUGAUGGAAUUUUAGGGGAAAGAAAAUCAUGGCAGACUAAAUGUGCCAUUAUCAGUGGAUUUCUUGCUGUCGCCACAGAGAUCUCCGUUUUCAAGUAGAAAUGCAGAAACUAUGUUCCGGAUUGGGCACCGUCAGUGGAAAAGAUGUAUUUAAUGUUCUCGUAUUCAAACCAAGUAACAAAAUAUCUCACAGAGUCGUUUUAAUUUUUUUACACUGUGAACAUGACGGACUGAAUCAGUCAGUAUGUGUCGUUCACACUGACUGAUUCAAACCACAGCCUCAAUUCUUGUGUUCUGUAUAAUUCACUGUGUCUAAGAAAGUGGGAAGUCAUUUUAAAACAAAGGGCUAGAUUCAAAGUUUCAUGAAAUGUUUUAGGAAAACACUUUACAUAUUUUAGGAUAUGCUCGUAACCGUUUAACCUGUAGAGUCAUAAUCAGGAGUAGCACAGAGCUUGUGCAUACAAUGUCUAAUAUCCUGACUGUAAUAUAUUUUAAAUAUGAGGUUACAUUUUUAAAGCCAUAUUUGUUCAGCCAAAGGUUUGGCAUGUGUGACUUUUGUACCAUGUUUAUAGUAAAUUUGUAAUAAAGUGUCAAACUGG